AUGGGGCGGCCCGGGAAGAGCCGGUUCCAGCGGCAGCAGCGGGCGCGGGCCCGGCUCAGGUCGGAGCAGGAGUUCGGCUCCGUCCCUCAUUCCUUCGUGUUCCCGCGGGGCCGCGCCGGGAGGAGCCUGCGGAGCCUCGGGAAGGACCUCAGGAGGGUCCUGGAGCCCUUCACGGCUCGGAGCCUGCAGGUGCGCCGGAGCAAUUCCCUUCGGGAUGUGGUGGCCGUGGCCGGGCCCUUGGGGGUCACCCAGUUCCUGGUGCUCAGCAAAUCCCAGUCCGGGAUCAACCUGAAACUUUUCCGGCUGCCGGGGGGUCCCACCCUGACCUUCAAAGUGCUGCAGUACUCCCUGGUGAGGGACGUGGUGUCGGCGCUGCGGCGGCACCGCAUGCACGAGCAGCAGUUCCUGCACCCCCCCCUGCUGGUGCUGGGGAAUUUUGGGGUGCCCCAAAUGCACCUGAAGCUCAUGGCCGGGAUGUUCCAGGGAAUGUUCCCCAAAAUCAACGUGCACAGGGUCAAUCUGAAUUCCAUCCGCCGCUGUUUGCUCAUCUCCUACGACUCCGAGUCCCAGCUCCUGGAAUUCCGGCACUACAGUGUCCAGGUGGUGCCCGUGGGGCUCAGCCGGGGGCUCCGGAAAAUUCUCCAGGAGAAAUUCCCGAACCUGAGCAGGAUGGACGACGUCAGCAAGCUGCUCACGGGGGACCUCGUCCUGUCCGAGAGCGAGGCGGAGCCGGACGGGACCCAAAAUGUGCUGGAAUUGCCCCAAAAAUGCUCCGGGCGUGGGAACGCGGUGACACAGCAGAGCGCAGUGAGACUGACAGAGAUCGGGCCCCGUCUGACGCUGCAGCUGCUGAAGGUGGAGGAGGGGCUGGGCCAGGGGAACGUCCUGUACCACGGCCUGGCCCCCAAAGGUGAGGCGGAGCUGCGGGAGCUGCUGGCCCGGAAGGAGCAGCAGCUGCAGGUGAGGGCGGAGCGGCGCCGGAAGCAGGAGCAGAACCUGGAGCGGAAACGGCAGCAGAGGCUGCAGCACAGGGAACGCAGCCUGGCCGGGAUGGGCCAGGCCAGAGGCGGCCCAGGUGACCCCAGGGGUGGCCCAGGUGACCCCGCAGGUGACAGCGACGUCGAGGACCCCGGAGCACCUGAGCCAGGUGAGGCGGAGCCGUCGGACGAGGACGACGCCGAAUAUUACAGAGAGGAGCUGGGGGAGGAGCCUGACACAGAUUUGUUCCCUGGCAGCUCCAAGAGGAAGCGAAGCCCCUCGGGCGCUCCCGGCCCCCGGAAACGACGGAAGAAAAACCCAAAAUUCCAACCUGGAACCCCAAAAUUCCAACCUGGGACCCCAAAAUCCAGACCUGGGACCCCAAAAUUCCAACCUGGGACCCCGAAAUCCAGACCUGGGACCCCGAAAUCCAGACCUGGGACCCCAAAAUUCCAACCUGGAACCCCAAAAUUCCAACCUGGGACCCCAAAAUCCCACCCAGGACACCCCAAAAACCCCAAAACCCAACAGAAAACCCCAAAAUCCCAACCUGGAUCCCCAAAAUCCCAACAGAAAACCCCAAAAUCCCAACCUGGAUCCCCAAAAUCCCAACAGAAAACCCCAAAAUCCCAUCCUGGAUCCCCAAAAUCCCAACAGAAAACCCCAAAAUCCCAACAGAAAACCCCAAAAUCCCAACCUGGAUCCCCAAAAUCCCACCCAGGACACCCCAAAAACCCCAAAUUCCGCCGUGGGAAGCUCCUGACCCCCCAGAAAAUCCCAAAUUUCCCAAAUUCCCAACGGCCUGGAAAGGGCCAGAAAAGGAAAAACUGAAGGGGGGGGGGGAGGGAAAAAAGGGAAUUUGGGACCCCCCUGAUCCCACCGGGAUUGGGAAUUUGGGGUCUCUGGGAUGCAGUUUUGGAGUCCCCCAGAAUUUUGGGAUCUCCCAGAGGAAUUUUUGGGAUUUCCAGAAGAUUUUUUGGGAUCUCCAAGAAGAAUUUUUCGGGAUUUCCACAAGAAUUUUGGGAUUUCCCCCAAAGGAGAUUUUUUUUUUUUUUUUUUUUUUGGGGAUUUCCAGAGGAAUUUUGGGAUCUCCCAGAAUAAUUUUUGGGAUUUCCAGAAGAUUUUUUGGGAUCUCCCAGGGGAAUUUUGGGAUCCCCCAAAGAUUUUUUUGGGGGGGAUUUCCAGAGGAAUUUUGGGAUCUUGCAGAAGAAUUUUUUGGGAUUUCCAGAAGAUUUUUUUAGGAUCUAACAGAAGAAUUUUUUGGGAUUUCCACAAGAAUUUUGGGAUUCCCCCAAAGGAGAUUUUUUUUGGGGGGGGAUUUCCAGAGGAAUUUUGGGAUUCCCCAAAUCCAGGUGAGAUCACCCCCCAAAAAAAAAAAAAAAAAAAAAAAAAAACCAGGAAAAAAAAAAGAAAAAAAAAUCCAAGAAAUUGGGGGGGGGGGAAACCCCAAAAAUGGAGAAAAACGCCCCCAAAAAAAUGGGGGGAAAGUCCCAAAAAACAGGAAGGAAAAAAAAAAAAAAAACAAAAUCUCCAGGUUUUUUUCCCCAUGGGAAUAAAGUUGGAUCCAACCCCA